AUGUCAAGAAGAUGGAAUUUGAAAAAUAAUAACUCAUCGACGAGGCCUAUGAAUUGGCUGAUUCUUGUAAUUAGUCUUGUGUUAUUAAACGAUGUUCUCUCGUCCAACGGGAAUAUAUACGUAGAAGCACGUAGACCCGCACAAUCACAAAGGAAAAAGAAAGCAAUAGCAAAGUCAUUUGGGUUUUCUAAAAGAAGUAUAUAUUCAAGAAAUUUUCGUGCACCAGAAGAAGGUUAUCCUUUACCUUUUGAGAAUACGGAAGUACAAGAUAGUGAUGAUAGAAAUGCCAGUAGUACAGCUGUGCCACCUAAAAAAGUUGAGGAGGAAGUUAAUGUAGAAGAGAAGGAAGAACCCACUGAUGAUACAGAAGAUUUAGAAGAUGAAGUAGAGGAAGAAGUAGAAGAAGAAGAAGAAGAAGGAGUUGAAAAAGUACCAUAUGGUACAUCGUUAUUAAAAGAUAUAAGUAUUCCUUUAUAUGAAAAAGAAAGACAAAGGAAAGAAAGAAAAGAACAAUAUGAGAGAAAACGUGAAGAAAUUGAUAAGUUUAAUGAAAAAAGAGAAGAAUUAUUUGGUAAUAUAUUAUUUGGUGAGAAUGUAAGACGAGAGAAUAAACCACCAUUCAAUUUAGAAAUGAAAAAAUAUUUCGAUAAUUUAUUAAGUUAUAAUGGAAGAGAAGAAACAUUGAAACCAUUUAAUGACAUUAUUGAAGAUUAUAAUAAAAUCCAUAAUAUUCUAUAUGAGGUACGAUCAUGUCAAAGAUAUUAUUUUUAUAUUAUUUUGAAUGAAAUAUGGAAAAAUUUUAAUACCUUAGCAACAAAUUUAAAAAUGAUUUCAAAGAAAAAAACAGAUGCAUGGAAUGAUUGUGUUAAAAAUUUAUCUAAAGAUGUAGAUAGUUUACAAAAAAUGACAGAAGCUGAUUUUACGAAUUAUGUUAUUAAUAGUGGUUUUCCAUAUGAUGAAGAUACGUUUGUUAAAUAUUUGAAUAGUAAAGCAGAUGCGUGGAUAGCAGCAUUUGAAUUAAAUAAAAUAAAAUGGAUUAAAAUUCUUACAUACAAAGUGAAUGUUUGUAGAUAUUCAAAAAAAAGAGUUGAUAGAGAUUUAUAUGAAGAAAAUAUGAAAACACAUGAAUAUUAUGCUGCCUUACCUCCUGUAACAAAGUAUGAUGUUUUAAGAGGUAUUCAAAAAGAAAGCAUAUUAAAUAGACAAAAAAUAGGAAAUCAAAGAUUAGAAAAACAACUAUUAAAAAGAGAUAUGCAACAGAAGAAAUGGGAAGAAAAAAAAGAUGAAGCCCAUGAAAAAUGGGUAAAGAAUAGAAUUGAAUAUGAAAGAAUUAUGAGAGAACGCUUAAAUGAGCAUAACAGAAGGGGAGUAGGAAUGUUAAAGGAUUUAUAUGAUAGUAAUUUAGGUGAGGAAGAAGAAGAGGAAGAGGAGGAGGAGGAGGAGGAGGAAGAGGAAGAGGAGCAAGAGAAAGAGGAGGAGCAAGAGAAAGAGGAGGAGCAAGAGAAAGAGGAGGAACAAGAGAAAGAGGAGGAACAAGAGGAUAAAGAAACCGAAAUGGAAGAUGGACAUGUUGAAUUAACAAAAGAAGAAGAAGAACUGGAAGAGGAACAAGAACAAGAGGGUGAUGAUACUCCGGGGGAAAUGGGUGAUUUAAAAAAGUCAGGACAAGAAAGAGCAUUUAAAGAAAGGUUGUUCCGAGAAUGGUUAGAAAAUAGAACCGCAGACCUUGAAAAGAAGGAACAUGAAAAAUUAAAUGAGGAAAUUCAAGUUAAAGAAAAAAUUAUGAAAAGAAAACAAUUAGCUAAUAAAAUAGCAGCUAUAAAUAGUAAAGAAAGAAAAGAACGCGAGAAAGAAUUAAUAAGAGAGAUAAACAAAAAUACAACAGGAUAUAGAAAGCAUAAUAUACCACAACGAAAGAAAAAUAAAUUAAUAGUCAUACCAUAUCCAGAAGAUCCAGCAGAAAAAUUAGAAACAGUAGAUAAAUUAAAAAAAGAAAGUACAAAACUAGAUAAGUUAUAUAGAAAAAGAUUAGAUCGUGAAAGAUUAAACAGAAUGAAAGAAGCAAAUAAAAAAUUAUCUUAUUUAAAACCCAAGGAAAUAUAUUCAAAAAAAAUAAGCUAUCCCGUAACUUCACCCGUGGUAGAGGCAUAA